UCUUGCUCUCACCAGACAGGGAGAGUAUGGGGAGGAACAAACAUCCCUUUCCCCCCUCCCAAUCCUUGGUCAGGGUCAGCAGGUGCCAGCCAGGGGCCCCCGCCUGCCAGGCCCCUUCCCACAGGGCGGGCUGCUCCCUGUCAGGGAAACCUUCCCGCAUUCCUGGGCUAGCCCGGCCGGCCCCGUGCCACCUCACUUCCCUGUCCUGAAUUCACCUCCCAGGGCCGGGCCAGGUCAUCCCAGGUGCAACUCAGCUGGGGCUCCAGGCUUCCUACCAGGGGUCAGAGGACACCGGGGUGGCACGUCAGUGGGGAGGUCCCAGUCUCUCCAGGCUCCAGGGGGCUUCCCCACCCCUCACUGCGUGGCUGCCGCCUCCUGACUUCCUGGUACAAGGGUAACAAUGUUCUUGGAGGGAGCCCGUCUUCAGUAAGGGUGUAAUGCCGUGAUUGCUCCUAAUGGGUUGAGUAAUCACAGUCAUUGCCAAAGUGGAAACAGCAGCCUGCAUCUGGCUCACAAACAGUUGUGACCAGGAGUUGUGGACUCUUUCAACGCCGUCCUCACCUCCGCCUCCUAGAACCUUCGGUCUCUCGCAUCCUUACCAGCUGAGCCCCAACCAGCUACAGGGGCCUGGGGACCCUGGGCCCACAUGAGGGGCCUGACAUCUGGUGGCGCAUCCAGCCCCAGACAGGGCACCCACCCCGCAGAGCCCGGGGCCUUCACAGUACCCCUUCCGGGUCAGCCCUGCCCCCACAGCUGUUCUGUCUCUCUAUACUUUCCCUGAGCUCAGGCCCCCUGGAUGGGGGCUCUGCCUGGACUGAGCUCCUGAGCCUAUAGGUUAAGAUGAGACUAUGACACUACCUCUGGGGCAAGGUGGGCAGAGCUCUGUGUGACCCGGCAGGAGGAUGAAGAGCUCAGGAGAGGGAGCCAGCCUUCCUAGACAGACAAUGCAAGUAAGGAGGGCUGCCCGGAGGAAGCGGCAUUUCACUUAAGCCUUGAUCUGGAUUAGGACCUGUAGGAUUCGGACUUGUAACUACCGGGAGGAUAGGGCCUCCAGGCAGAGGGGUGUGGGUAGCAAUCACUCAGAGGUCAGAAGCUUCAGCCUGUAUGAGAAGCAGUUGCAUUAAGCUGGGUUGACGAAGCCUGCAACAGCACAAGAGGGGGUCCGCCGGGGCACAGGAGCGCGUACUUGAUCCUGGGUGUGGACCAUGGAUCAAUCUGCAUGUAUGGGAAGGGGGCUGACUGUGGGGGAGAACCAGAAGACCCUGGAAAACUCCCCCAGGGAGGGAAUGAGCCUGAAGGAACGUUGGCGCCCAUGGGGACAGGGGUGAAUCAGAGCAUCCUGCCGUCGGGCCUUAGGAAGAGCAGUGGGUCAGGUGUUUACAGUCUAAUUAAAUUCUAUUAAUAAUAUAGGUGAGGGGCUGCAGGGAACAGCCUUCCCAGGGAAUAUUUGUACUUUAAAAGGGCACCUGUUAACACAUAUCGGUGAAUGGAGGGUCCAGGGUCGACUUCCUGUUCCCAUCACUGGGCAGGCACCACUCUUGCCUCCGCACGCCUGCCUGUGCCUGGUCAGGACACCACCUGACCACCACUCUUGCCGUCCACCUCCUCCUGCCCCAGGCCCAGUCCCCUCCUGUCCCCUGCCCCCCCCCCCCCCGCCAUACUUCAUCCGCUAAGCCUCAUUCCCCACAGUAGGGAGCGCCCCACUCAGACUGGAGUGGGGGUCCUUGUAAAAAUCUCCAAGGUCACAACCAUUUCCUGCCCCUGUAGCCCCUCCCCUCCAUGGGAUUGGCUACCUCUUCUGGUCAAAGAGUCAGUCUUAGCAACAACAGCUGCCACACCCUCUAGUCCCCCCAAAAAAAAACGAUCCCGCAGGGAAAACAUUGAGGGCUGAAGUAGGAAGAAGCUGUCCUGAACCCCCCACCCCAGUUCUUGCCCCCAGUGAAGCAGAUACGCUGGGGGCGCUGGGAGGCUGGCAGGUAUUUCUGGCAUGUUGCUGACAUGGGGCUGGGGUCUCAAGUCUGGGGUGAGGUUCCUGUAAAGGCCAAGUAGUGGGCCCUGUGCCUGUGUCCAGAGACAUGGGAGGUGAUGGAUCCUGGGGAGAUGGGUCCCCGGAAAGUUUCGACUCUGACCCCUCUGCCUGAUCCUUCACUGGGGCGGGGGAGCAUGGCCCAGCGGCGUGUCUUAGGCUCCAACUGCACAACAGGAGGUGUUGGGUUCUUGGGGGUCUAGAAUCUUGGGGGAACUAACCUGUGAUGCUACUGGCUGGCUUCCCUCGAGUCCCCUGGAACCACAGACACCUGUGCGGCCGGGUGCCGGCUGGCUCACGUUGCAGCACUCCGCGGGUGUGAAGGUCACACAGCUCCAGCCUGCUCUGGGGGAAACUUCCAGACAGGGACAGGUGUAGGGUGUGGAGAGACAGGCCCCAAGGAGUGGAAAAGAAGCCAUGCUAGCCCCAGGCAGCAGAGCCAAGCCAUGAUGGGGGUCCCCUCACUGGCAUCUCUCCCAGUCGGCUCCUGUGUGGCAAGGAGUUUGUCUGCCCUUGCAGAUAUGCUUUGGGCUUGUAAACAUGGCAGGGCCCCUGACCUUUCUGGCCAGCUCCCCUGUGGACUGUCCUUCUGUGUCCUCAGGAGGCUGGGUGUGGAGCAGAGGAGGUGGGCAGGGGAGAAGCAGACCUUGGCUUUGACAAAGAUGGCUGAUCACCCCCUUUUUUCUCACCUCCAGGGACUCAGGGGGCCAAGGCGUCAAGCGGUAAGCAUCCUAGUUCCCUGGAUGGGGGAGCGGGAGUGGGAGCUUUCCUGAGAGCUGCCAAGACUGGCCAGAGGCUCAUCCCACCCCCGGACACCCCCCCCCCCCAGAACGAGACCCAGAACCAGAGGGUGGGGCCUGGGGAACCCCAAAGUAAGGGAAAGCUGUAGCUCAGCAGAAUUAGAGCCAAGACAGGAGUGGAGCAGGAGGGUCUGACCUGCAGAUGGCACAGGGGCCCGCGGAGGCAUGCAUGGCGCACAGAGAAGGAGGUCAGGGGAAAGUGAGAGCAGAGAACCCAAGGACACAGUCCGAAGACCAUUCUGCCAUAGCAGUAGCAGAGCCCCCAGGGUCACCUCCCUGUGUGGGGCCCUUCCAACACCUGCUGUCCUCCCGGGAGCCCCUGUUUACCAGGCCCUGGGGUAAGACCCUUCCACGUGUUAUCUGAACCCUCUCCACAUCUCAUGACCAGAGAGGGAGGUCUGAUGUCACUGUUUCAGAGGUGAAGGGCAGGGGAACUUUCCCACAGCUGGGAGGGGUCUGCCUGUGUCAGAGGCUGACCGGGCACCCACGCCCCGAGGUCUCAGAGUGGGUCAAGGGCAAAGAGAGCUCUGGAUUGGGCAGAAGAUGAAAGACAGAGUGCGGGGUGGGGGUUGGGAACCAGAGGCGAUGAAAGGGUCCCCAGCGAGCACUGCCCGGCCUUGUCCCCUAGUCUGCGGGCGUCCGAGGAUGCUGAACCGGAUGGUGGGUGGCCAGGACGCCCUGGAGGGCGAGUGGCCCUGGCAGGUCAGCAUCCAGCGCAACGGAAGCCACUUCUGCGGGGGCAGCCUCAUCACAGAGCGCUGGGUCCUCACCGCGGCGCACUGCUUUUCCAACACCUCUGAGACAUCCCUGUACCGGGUCCUGCUUGGGGUGCGGCAACUGGUGAAGCCAGGGCCCCACGCCAUGUACGCCCGGGUGAAGCGGGUAGAGAGUAACCCCCUGUACCAGGGCAUGGCCUCCAGUGCUGACGUGGCCCUGGUGGAGCUGGAAGCACCUGUGACCUUCUCCAAUUAUAUCCUCCCCGUGUGCAUGCCUGACCCCUCGGUCAUCUUUGAGGCGGGCAUGAACUGCUGGGUCACCGGUUGGGGCAGCCCCAGUGAGGAAGACCGCCUGCCCAACCCGCGGGUCCUGCAGAAACUCGCUGUGCCCAUCAUCGACACACCCACGUGCAACUUGCUCUAUAGCAAAGAUGCCGAGUCGGGCUUCCAGCCCAAAACCAUCAAGGACGACAUGUUGUGUGCUGGCUUUGCCGAGGGCAAGAAGGAUGCCUGCAAGGGCGACUCGGGCGGCCCGCUCGUGUGCCUGGUGGCCCAGUCAUGGCUGCAGGCUGGGGUGAUCAGUUGGGGCGAGGGCUGCGCCCGCCGGAACCGCCCAGGUGUCUACAUCCGGGUCACCUCCCACUACGACUGGAUCCAUCGGAUCAUUCCAGAAUUACAGUUCCAACAGGCUAGGUCGGGUGGCCAGAAGCGGGGGCCCCGGGACCAGCAGCCCCUCGCUCUGAACUCUGUGCCCUGCCUGGCAGCCCAUGUGGCCCUCUUGGCCCUUGUGGCCCUGCUCACCCUCCUCUGAGCCCUGGGGCCCAUGGUGUACAUUUGUAAAUAGCCCUCCCGUUCUUUCCUGUCAAAUACCCAGUUAUUUUUUAUUUAUGUUCAUCCUCCAAUAAAAACAAAACCCAACCUCA